AUGUCCUCAUUUGAAAAAGUUGUUGUUAUUGAUGGUAAAGGCCAUUUGUUGGGUCGUUUAGCCUCUAUUGUUUCUAAACAAAUCCUUAAUGGUCAAAAAGUUGUCGUUGUCAGAUGUGAAGAAUUGAACAUCUCUGGUGAAUUUUUCAGAAACAAAUUGAAGUACCACGACUACUUGAGAAAAGCUACUAGAUACAACAAGAAGAAGGGUCCAUUCCAUUUCAGAGCCCCAUCUAGAAUCUUAUACAAGGCCAUCAGAGGUAUGAUUCCUCACAAGACUGCUAGAGGUAAAGCAGCUUUGGAAAGAUUGAAGGUCUUUGAAGGUGUCCCACCACCAUACGACAAGAAAAAGAGAGUUGUUGUUCCUCAAGCUUUAAGAGUCUUAAGAUUAAAACCAGGUAGAAAAUACACCACUGUUGGUAAAUUGUCCUCAGCUGUUGGUUGGAAAUACGAAUCAGUUGUUGAAAAAUUAGAAGAAAAGAGAAAAGUCCAAUCUGCUGAAUACUACGCCAAGAAGAAGGCUUUGACUAAAAAAUUGAAUGCUGCCAAAGCUUCUACUGCUGAAUCCGAAGCUGCCCAAAAAUUAGCUGCUUUCGGUUACUAA